AUGAAGUCCCCUAUCUUGCUUCUAGGAGCUCUUGCUGCCAGCGUGCUCGCCGUCCCUGCCCCUCAUGACUACACGGUCCAUGAGCGCCGCAGUGAGAUGCCUAGCUCCUGGAGCCAGGCCAAGCGGGUGCACCAGUCCAUCUCGCUGCCGAUGAGAAUCGGUCUUACCCAGUCCAACUUGGACCGUGGCCAUGACCUUCUCAUGGAGGUCUCUGACCCUUCCUCGUCUCGCUACGGAAAACACUACACCGCACAGGAGGUUCACGAUCUCUUCGCCCCCUCCCAGGACGCCGUGGACAGUGUCCGCUCCUGGCUCGAGGAGUCGGGCAUUGCGGCCCACCGUAUCUCGCAGUCGUUCAACAAGCAGUGGUUGCAGUUCGACGCAGAUGUCGAUGAAGCCGAGAAGCUUCUGGAGACUGAGUACUAUAUCUACUCGCAGGAGGACACCGGCAAGUCUCACAUUGCCUGCCGCGAGUACCAUGUUCCCCGAUCCGUCCAAGACCACAUCGACUAUGUCACCCCCGGUAUCAAGGGAUUGGGUGUGCGUGAGCCCAAGCCUGCUAAGAAGCGUGACCUCGCUGCUCGGGGUAUUCUGCCACCUAUCUUGGGCCCUCUGACCAUCCCUCUCAGUGAGCUGCUGGGUAACGAGCUGGCGUUCUGUGACAUUGCCAUUACUCCUGCCUGCAUUAAAGCGAUGUACAACAUCUCCGAGGGAACAACCGCCACCAAGGGCAACGAGCUGGGUAUCUUUGAAGAUCUUGGCGACAUCUACGCCCAAGAGGAUCUCGACCUGUUCUUCUCCAAUCUGGCCAGCAACAUCCCCAAGGGAACCAAGCCUACCCUCAAGGCCAUCGACGGCGCCACGGCCCCUGCUAAUAUCCUUAACGCUGGUCCCGAGUCCGACCUGGAUUUCCAAAUCUCCUACCCGAUCAUCUGGCCCCAGAACUCCAUUCUCUUCCAGACCGAUGACAACAAGUACCAGAGCAACUACGUCUUUGACGGAUUCCUCAACAACUUCCUCGACGCCAUCGAUGGCUCGUACUGCACCUACUCGGCCUACGGUGAGACUGGCAAUUCGCCUCUUGACCCGCCUUACCCCAACCCUGCUCCGGGUGGCUACAAGGGCCAGCUGAUGUGCGGCGAGUACAAGCCCACCAAUGUCAUCUCCAUCUCCUACGGUGGGUCCGAGUCCGACCUGCCCAUCUCCUACCAGCGUCGCCAGUGCAACGAGUGGAUGAAGCUGGGUAUGCAGGGUAUCUCUGCUGUCGUCGCGUCCGGUGACUCCGGUGUUGCCAGCGCUGACAACACCUGUCUCGGAAAGGAUGGCAAGGUCUUUGUUCCUGAGUUCCCGGCCACUUGCCCUUACAUGACUUCCGUUGGAGGUACCUACCUUCCUGUCGGAGCCGACGUUAAGAAGAACCAAGAGGUCGCUACGGAAUCCUUCAAGUCUGGAGGUGGAUUCAGCAACAUCUACGAGACGGCCGAUUACCAGAAGAAGGCAGUCUCCGACUACUUCGCCACCACUAACGUCCCUUACAAGUCCUACUCCAGCGUGGACAACAGCAGCUUCGCCCAGGGCGGCGGUAUCUACAACCGCAACGGACGCGGCUACCCCGAUGUGUCCGCCAUCGCUGACAACAUCCUCAUCUUCAACAAGGGCCUUUCCACCGUCAUCGGUGGUACAUCGGCCGCGGCUCCUGUCUUCGCUUCCCUCCUCACCAGAAUCAACGAGGAGCGCAUCGCCGCCAACAAGUCGACUGUGGGUUUCGUCAACCCGGUCUUGUACGCCAACCCCGACGUGUUCACCGAUGUUACUUCUGGUAACAACGCUGGCUGUGGCACGGACGGUUUCCCUUCUUCCAAGGGUUGGGACCCUGUCACUGGAUUGGGUACCCCGAACUACCCCAAGCUCUUGGACUUGUUCAUGAAGCAGGACUAA